AUGAAGCUCUCGGAUACCGUCGUAAUAUCAGCAUUAUGCUGGACAGCUCCGUUGGCUGCCGCAGCUACCGCACACGUCUACGUCCACGAUCCUCAGUCGCAGCCUGCAUCAGGAACAACACCAAGGAGUCUGGAGCCUGUAUCGGCACGACUGGUCUUGGCGCAAAGAGCGGGAGUGGAAGACUAUCACAGUGCAGAUCUUUCGAGACAAGAAGUGAUUGAAGCAAUCAACGAGUACGGCGUGCGGACUCCCUUGUUUGCUGCGGCGGACAAGAGCUCCAAGAAGGCGUUCAUACUGCUGGAAGGGGAGGAUAACUCAUUAGGUAAGGGGAGAAAGCUAGCAGAAAACGGAAGUCACUGAAAUAUCAUAGCUUCGGUCCCUUCGUUGCGAUCAUAUCGAUCGUUCGAGCUCGACCCGUCCCCUGCGAAGCCAGCAACCCGAGCACUCUUCGUUGACUUGGCCAAACAAUCGCUCCCGAAACAAUACCUUCAUCUCGAUGAUGAUGAAGUCUUUGCACAGUUGUACGCCUCUCGAGCCACUUCAGGCGAAGGCGAUUGUUUCCAUGUGACCAAGUCUGCCGCGGACUUCGAGGCUGUCUUUGAUCGUCUGGUCAAGGAGAAGAGCUGGAGCAUCACCGCAAUGGUCACGCCAUCUGGCGUCAAGUCAUCGGCAGGAGAGACAAAAUAUCAGUGGGGAACGUACACUAUGCCGGGCGCUCAAUCACCACUCAAGAAGAGGCAGCAAACGAAGGAAGAGCCUUUAUCACUUGCGACAGACUACGAACCGGUGCAGUCCUCUAGUAGCACGCCACCCUCUACGUUUGAUGCCAACAACACUGAGCCACUCAGAGGCAUUUUACCAGCCUGCUUCUCGACCCAGUCAGCAUGCGAGAGUGCAACACGCAAUUGCACUGGCCACGGCAGCUGCAGCAAGAAAUACCACGACAGGACUGCUGGUAAGAGUGGUAUGGAUUGCUACUCAUGCUCUUGCAAGGCAACCAAGAGCUCUGAUGGCAAGAAGACUACCAAGUGGGGAGGGCCAGCAUGUCAGAAAAAGGACGUCAGUAUCGAGUUCUGGCUCAUUGUCCUGUUCACCGUAGGAAUGAUCUUUGUCAUUGGAUUCGCCAUCGGUACUAUCUGGGAGAUGGGAUCCGAGGAGCUGCCGAGCGUCAUCGGGGCUGGUGUCAGUGGACCAACGGCGAGGAAGUAG